GCUAAAUAUAUUCUCCAAUCUCUUUUACUGAGCACAAUGUGGGUAAAACUGCUCUCUAUAGUAGCAGAAUUUUGUUUUUCCCCUUUCCUAGUUACUGAUGAAGAGACAGCUUCAGAUGCUCUGGAGAGAAACUCUCUAUCCUCUCAAGACCCACAGCAGCCCACCAGUACUGUCUCAGUAACGGAAGAUUCUAGUACAUCGGAGAUUGACAAGGAAGAGAAAGAACAAACCACUCAAGAUCCUGACUUGACCACCGAAGCAAAUCCUCAGUAUUUAGGAUUGGCAAGGAAGAAAAGUGGCAUCCUGCUGCUCACGCUGGUGUCCUUCCUCAUUUUCAUACUCUUCAUCAUAGUCCAGCUCUUCAUCAUGAAGCUGAGGAAAGCACAUGUGAUAUGGAAGAAAGAAAACGAAGUUUCAGAACACACACUAGAAAGUUACAGAUCAAGGUCAAAUAAUGAAGAAACAUCAUCUCAAGAGAAAAAUGGCCAAUCUUCCCACCCUAUGCGUUGCAUGAACUACAUCACAAAGUUGUACUCAGAAGCAAAAACAAAGAGGAAGGAAAAUGUACAACAUUCAAAAUUAGAAGAAAAGCACAUCCAAGUACCAGAGAGUAUUGUGUAGUGCUCUCUGCAAUGGAACAUGUGAUUUCAGGGUUGCCGCAGUGUCACCUCAGUGGACCAGCCUGGGGGAAGGAGCUUAAUUGCUGAGACAUUAAUAAUGACCUCUUAGUGCAAUGCAAGAUGGUGUCCUCGGAUAAUGAUCUGCCCCGGAGCUAGGGCAGCAACAUGAGGACCAAACCAUGCACAUAAAGCUUGUAGUUUAAAAAAGAAAAGCAAAAAAAUAAUUAUGCCUGACACUACUUCAGAGCAGGAGGAUUCUACGAAGCCUUGGGGAUCAGGGUCAGUGUGAGCAGCUAACAUCCUACCUCAAAUGGAACAGGAUUUUUUGAUGCUUUGCUCUAAUGGAACUGCUUUAAAAAAUUUUUUUUUCUUUUUAAUAUUUUCUUCUGGUCACAAAAUAAAGAAAUUUGGGAUGCAAAGUACCUAAAGAUCUCUGAUCCUAAGAAGUUACUUCUGGCCGGGCGCGGUGGCUCAUGCCUGUAAUCCUAGCACUUUGGGAGGCUGAGGUAGGCAGAUCACUUGAGGUCAGGAGUUGGAGACCAGCCUGGCCAACAUAGUGAAACCCCGUCUCUACUAAAAAUGCAAAAAUUAGCCAGGCGUAGUGGUGCGCACCUGUAGUCUCAGAUACUUGGGAGGCUGAGGGUGGAGAAUCGCUUGAACCUGGGAGGUGGAGAUUGCAGUGAGUCAAGAUCUCACCACUGCACUCCAGCCUGGGCGACAGAGGGAGACUCUGUCUAAAAAAAAAAAAAAAAAAAAAAAAAAAAAAAAAAAAAAAAGAAG